GCUUUUCCCUGUUCAAUGAAAAGUGCUUCAAAGCUGCUAUUGCUGCCGGCGCCCUUCCUGAGUCCGUCUUGGAGCACCAACCUCGGCCGGCCGGCUGGCCUCGCGCUGAGAAAAGAUGACAGCAAUCAAGCAUGCGCUGCAGAGAGAUAUCUUCACACCAAAUGAUGAACGCCUGCUGAGCAUCGUGAAUGUCUGCAAAGCUGGCAAGAAGAAGAAGAACUGUUUUCUGUGUGCCACAGUGACCACUGAACGCCCCGUGCAGGUGAAGGUGGUCAAAGUCAAGAAAUCCGACAAGGGAGAUUUCUACAAAAGGCAGAUUGCUUGGGCCCUGCGAGACCUUGCUGUGGUCGACGCCAAAGAUGCCAUCAAAGAAAACCCGGAAUUUGAUUUGCAUUUUGAGAAGGUCUAUAAGUGGGUGGCCAGCAGCACGGCUGAGAAGAACGCCUUCAUCUCCUGCAUUUGGAAGCUGAACCAGCGCUACCUGCGCAAGAAAAUCGACUUUGUUAAUGUUAGCUCGCAGCUUUUGGAAGGUAAAGUGAAGGAGAAGGCAUACGCAGGAUCACGUAUCCUUAAAUGACUAUAUCGUUUGGCACUAUUCAAAGUAACUAGGAUACUGAGUUUGCCUCUCCAUAUGUCAUAAAACAUGUCAAAAUCAUUUUCCUUACUGAAAACAUUAUAUGCGUACAUUGUAGGAUAUUGUUAUAUUAAAAUUUUAAAGUAGAAUCUCUCAUCCCGGGCUUGGUGGCACAGGCAGCAGCAGUCCCUCCCUGCUUGGGAGGCUGAGGCAGAAGGAUCACCAGUUCAAGACCUGCCUCAGCGCCAGAGUGAGUGCAAAGCCACUCAAAGUCAGACUCACCCAAAAGAGUGGACGCUGUCUAAAAAUCAGAAGUGGUCGGCUGGAGAUAGCUCAUUGGUGUGCAAGGACACGGUUCAGUCUCAGUACCUAAAAAAUACUGCUGCUAACCCUUCAACAUAUAUAUUUUUUAAGGCUUUUUUCUAUGAAUACCUAAAUAGAGAAGUUUACACUUUUGUUAACAUUCUUUUUUCAUAGAAUGAAUUCAGCACAAACUUGUUUUUAAUGUUACUAAAUACUUACUCUAAAAUUUAUUUUAAACAGCUGUGGGGUAAAUGACCGUACAGCAGUACUUUUAUGUCCAGCAGAAGACUAACACAGUUCUGAUGUUACGCUACCUGAGUUUAAAUUCUGCCUUUGCCGGCUAUGUCCUGGCUUUAUGUAGUUAAUGGAAGCCUCAGGUUCCCUUAUUUGUAGUAUCUAACUCACAGUUAUUAUUUAUAAUGCAUUUCUUUGCUUAAGAAGAAGGGUCUCAGGUUUAUAGUAAAUGCUCAAUAAAUCUCAUCUCCUCUGGGCAGCAGAAUCCUUGGACAGGAGGCUGAUGAGGGCGCCUGUGAUUUGUCUGCCUUUGCAGAUUUGACUGUGUGGCAAGACAGCCUCUACUCUGAAGUAUGAAAAUGUUCAGUGAGGUCUCACUCUCUGCAGUUCCUUUCCUCGGGUGUAAGCUUCCCGUGGAAUGGCUCUGAAUGGCCUGGGAUGCCGUGUGCAUAUCACGCUUUAUUGUACAGAAGAAACCAGCUUGGCUGUUGUUUUGAGACAGGGUCCCCUGUGAGGCCCAGGCUAGCUUGGAAUUCACUGUGUACUCUGGGCUGACUGAAUUCGUGGCAGGCCUCCUGCCUAACAUUCCUAGUGAGCCAUCACGUCUGCCUUAAAACUUUAUCCAUGUGUUCACUGGAAGGAGGGCGGGUGCAUCCCAUGGCCCUUGUGUGGAGGUCAGAGGGAAAUGCUGUGAAGUUGGUUCUCCUUCCAUCUUUAUAUGGCUUCCAGGGAUUGAAUUCAGGUCACCAGGCAAGCGCCUAUACCCACUGAGUUAGUCUCUGGCCCCGUAUUCAAUAAUGUAAGAUAUAGUUUGAAGCAAACCAUUUAUCUAGCUACUUGCCUCUUUAUUGGUCCUCUUUUUAUUUGGUUGUGGACAUUUCUCCUUUCAAAUAGAUUAUUCUUCUCAGCAGUUCUACUUGGUGCUUAGAACUGACAGAAAGCUGGCAGAUAUAUCUGUCAGGCCUGAGAAGCCCCCAGACCCUGCCCCACCCAGACACUGGCCUGAGUUAUGAGCAUCACGGGGCUGCCCUGUCCCCAGUGCCUAGACUGUGGGUGUGCUGAGGACGUGACCCCUUAGUAGUGUGUGGUCAUUGACAGAUUCAUUUGCUUUGAAUGACUUUGACCAAUUGAAGCAAGAAUAUUCUGAUUAGCUAAUCAUUCAUUGAAAAACUUGCUAUUCUGUUUCCAAAUAUUAUGUUUCCAGAUGUUAUGUAUACAUAGUUAUAUUUUAAGCUGAUGUAUUUCAUUAGGACAACUAUAUUGAAAAAUGUAUACUCUAUCACUAAAAAACAUUACCAAAAGAAUACAAAGACUAUUGCUGAUUUUAAGGAUAAAAUUGAACUUUUUUUUUAAAGGUACUUAACUUUUCAGGACACACAGCCAAAUGUUGAUAUUUAUAAAGAUGAGCUCCAGCUGAGAUUGGUUUUAAGGAUGCUAAAGUCCUUCGGGAUGUCAUUUCAGAAACCAUUUUCUGUUGACCAGUAACUGUUGUUUUGGCUUAGUGUUCUGGGAAAGCUUUAUAAAUGUCUAAAACUAGUCCUAAUGGGCCCUAAAUCACAGCCAUUAAUGCCAGUUUUUAAGAAGUAAAUGUCUCUAGGCUUUGGGUAAUGUUGAGGGAAAACCCGCAUUACAACCUCUUUUGAAGCGCUAAAUAAUGAGCCAAGUAGGUCAGCAAUGCUAUUGUAAAUGUUCUAGCAGCAGCAGCAGCAGCAUUGGUAGUUUUUAUAAAUGACAAUGGGAUGCUGGAGUUUUAGAGAUGGAGAGGGAAGUUCUUUUUGUUUAAGCCUUUUCUUUUUUAUCCUUUGACUUGCAGCCAGAUAUUUAAACAACCUUCCACUUGAAUCCUUGAAUGCCUGCUUGUACGCAGUCUCCUGUGUUCGUUUCUUGCCUCAGUCUUAGUCUUUGAAACAGUGUUUUGUGACUAAUCCUUUGUGAGGGAGUGUCCUGGCAAAGCUUUGGACCUUGAGUGAAAAUAACUACACUGAAUGCAUGAGUCAGAGCUGACUUGAAAAUAAUCCCAGGAAAGGGCUCGCUUCCCAGCGUCCUUCCUCAAGGUCUCGUCUGCUUCUGAAAAAGAAAAGAAAAUAGGGACGUGCACUUCGACGAGACAAUAAGAAAACAAGCAUGCAAGUUUAGCUUCUUAGGGAUCGUCCCACUGUGUCUGGAUGUUGCCUUGAGACUCCAAGUUUAGCGUGAAGUUCAAAACGAGAUAUGGGUAGUAGUUAAAAGUUUUAAAUCUGUGUACUUUCCUACCCAGCUAAUGUUCUUUGCUUCCUUUCCUCUGCCUUCUUCAUACCUUUUCCUCCAGAACUGCCUAAAGUUACAGAAGGUGCGUAACACCUUUUCUUCCUAUUCUAGUCCACCUGUAUGUAUCACUUGCUCUGUUAUCCAUGGGGUGUGUAUUUCAUGGAGUUGUGUACAGGGAUACAUGUAUUCAAAAUCCAUAUAGUAAUCAAACCAAUAGUAAUAUUCAUUAUUAGCUUCCAAAAGACUAUUUCAGGAAAAGAAAAUACUACUAACAUAGUUUUUUGAUGACAAAACACUUGUUUCUUUUCAGUGUUUAGUGUAACACUGUGGUGGGUUAUUUAGGCAGUACCUGCCCUCUAGUGGUUAAUAUGGAGUCACAUCUGAUAGUUGAGCAUCUCCACAAGCAACAAAAUGGUCUCAUUG